GGAUGGUGAUGUCAGCGUGCCGGAGAGAAAGGACGAGGUGGCGGGGGGAGGCGGAGAGGAGGAGGAGGCGGAGGAGAGAGGGCGCGUGGGGGGGCGGGGGGGACCUCGGCCUGCAGCAUCCGCCGGCCCCGCACUUCAGACCCCCCCGGCAGGGGGAGGCGCAGGAAGGGGGGGGCCGGCCAGGGACGGGCUGGGGAGGGGGGGCCGCGCAGCCCCCCCGGCCAUGCUGACUCCAGGGGCCUGACCCCCCCCGGCAGCCCCCCCUCCCCCAGAUCCGCGGCCCACCGAUUGGGGGGGCCAGCCCAGCCCCCUGGGGACCCCCGGAGAAGUGGGGAGCAACCGGGGGGGCCGGGACGGAGGUGUCGCCGGCCCCCACCGGAGGAACGGGGCGACCGGCCGCAGGGGGGGCGGCCGGGGAACCGGUCGGGCCGGGGCCAAGGGCACCAUGUCGUCCGGGGCCAAGGAGGGUGGCGGGGGCUCCCCCGCCUACCACCUCCCACACCCACACCCACACCCACCCCAGCACGCCCAGUAUGUGGGUCCCUAUCGGCUGGAGAAGACUCUGGGCAAAGGACAGACAGGGCUGGUUAAACUCGGGGUCCACUGCAUCACGGGUCAGAAGGUCGCUGUCAAGAUUGUGAACAGGGAGAAGUUGUCAGAGUCGGUGCUGAUGAAGGUGGAACGGGAGAUUGCCAUCCUGAAGCUCAUUGAACACCCGCACGUCCUCAAGCUCCACGAUGUCUACGAGAACAAGAAAUAUUUGUACCUGGUUCUAGAGCACGUUUCUGGGGGCGAGCUCUUCGACUAUCUGGUAAAAAAGGGGCGACUGACACCCAAGGAGGCCCGCAAGUUCUUCCGCCAAAUUGUGUCGGCGCUGGACUUCUGCCACAGCUACUCCAUCUGCCAUAGAGACCUAAAGCCUGAGAACCUGCUGUUGGAUGAGAAGAACAACAUCCGAAUUGCAGACUUCGGCAUGGCAUCCCUGCAGGUGGGAGACAGCCUCCUGGAGACCAGCUGUGGGUCUCCCCAUUAUGCAUGUCCAGAGGUGAUCAAGGGGGAAAAGUAUGACGGCCGCCGGGCAGACAUGUGGAGCUGUGGCGUCAUCCUGUUCGCCUUGCUUGUGGGGGCACUGCCCUUUGAUGACGACAACCUGCGUCAGCUACUGGAGAAGGUGAAACGCGGCGUCUUCCACAUGCCACACUUCAUUCCUCCUGAUUGCCAGAGCCUUCUGAGAGGGAUGAUUGAAGUGGAGCCCGAAAAAAGGCUCAGUCUGGAGCAAAUUCAGAAACAUCCUUGGUACCUGGGCGGUAAACACGAACCAGAUCCUUGCCUGGAACCAGCCCCAGGCCGCAGGGUAGCCAUGCGGAGCCUGCCUUCCAAUGGAGAGCUGGACCCUGACGUUCUGGAGAGCAUGGCGUCACUGGGUUGUUUCAGGGACCGCGAGCGCCUGCACCGAGAACUGCGCAGCGAGGAGGAAAACCAAGAAAAGAUGAUCUAUUAUCUGCUUUUGGAUCGGAAAGAGCGGUAUCCCAGCUGCGAAGACCAGAACCUGCCUCCACGGAAUGAUGUUGACCCACCUCGGAAACGUGUGGAUUCCCCCAUGCUGAGCAGACACGGGAAGCGGAGGCCAGAGCGGAAGUCCAUGGAAGUCCUGAGCAUCACAGAUGCUGGGAGUGGUGGCUCUCCAGUGCCCACCAGAAGGGCUUUGGAGAUGGCCCAGCACAGUCAGAGAUCUCGCAGCGUGAGUGGAGCCUCCACCGGUCUGUCCUCCAGCCCUCUGAGCAGCCCAAGGAGUCCGGUCUUUUCCUUCUCGCCGGAGCCAGGCGCUGGAGACGAGGCAAGAGGUGGAGGCUCCCCGACUUCCAAAACACAGACGCUGCCUUCUCGGGGCCCCAGAGGUGGGGGCGCCGGGGAGCAGCCACCGCCCCCCAGUGCCCGCUCCACACCAUUGCCUGGACCCCCGGGCUCCCCGCGCUCCUCCGGUGGGACCCCCUUGCACUCACCUCUGCACACACCUCGGGCCAGCCCUACUGGAACCCCGGGAACAACGCCACCCCCCAGCCCAGGUGGUGGUGUCGGGGGAGCUGCCUGGAGAAGUCGCCUCAACUCCAUCCGCAACAGCUUCCUGGGCUCUCCUCGCUUCCACCGGCGCAAGAUGCAGGUCCCCACUGCUGAGGAGAUGUCCAGUUUGACACCAGAGUCCUCUCCCGAGCUGGCAAAACGCUCCUGGUUUGGGAACUUCAUCUCCUUGGACAAAGAAGAACAAAUAUUCCUUGUGCUAAAGGACAAACCACUCAGCAGCAUCAAAGCGGACAUUGUCCAUGCCUUUCUGUCGAUCCCCAGCCUGAGUCACAGUGUGCUGUCACAGACCAGCUUCAGGGCUGAAUACAAAGCCAGCGGUGGCCCCUCCGUCUUCCAGAAGCCUGUCCGCUUCCAAGUGGACAUCAGCUCCUCUGAGGGUCCAGAGCCCUCACCCCGAAGAGAUGGCAGCAGUGGGGGUGGCAUCUACUCCGUCACCUUUACUCUCAUCUCAGGUCCCAGCCGUCGGUUCAAGCGAGUAGUGGAGACCAUCCAGGCACAGCUGCUGAGCACUCAUGACCAACCCUCUGUGCAGGCCCUGGCAGAUGAGAAGAAUGGAGCCCAGACUCGGCCUGCUGGUACCCCACCCCGGAGCCUGCAGCCCCCACCGGGCCGUCCAGACCCCGAGCUGAGCAGCUCUCCCCGCCGAGGCCCCCCUAAAGACAAGAGGCUCCUGGCUACCAACGGGACCCCUUUACCCUGACCCCAGGGGGCCAGGGAAGGAGGGGAGCCCCCUCCACCCCCCUUCCCUGCGCCCUACUGUGAAUCUGUAUAUAAGGCCCAAGGAGUAUGUCGGGAGGGGGGAACACAAAACCCGGCCUUGCCCUGCAGGGAUGGGGCUCCAUGGGCCGUGCCCAAUGGGGGGAGGUUCUAGGGCAAAAGGGGGCGGGAGCUGUUUCUAUUUAUUUAUUGAUUAAUUUAUUAUUUUAUUUAUUGAUCAAUCUCUGCGGAUGGGGUGGGGGAGGGAUGGGAGCUGGUUGGGGGUGGCUUAGCAGAUCCGGACAGGUCCCUCUGUCUCUGUGUCAUCCCCAAUCCCCACUCCCUUUCCUGGGCCCCUGCUCCCCUGCCCCAGGUCUUUUUCCCCUUUCCCUAUAACCUUCUGUACGGAUUUGCUCUCCUGGAAGGAAUUCUGGUUUCGCGUGAUCCUGCCUGCGUCCGUGUCUGAUUCCACCGGCAGCAAAAACAACAACAAAAAUAAUAAUAAAUAGCCUUGAUCAGGGA